UAAUACUCCAAAUGAAUGCUGAUGUUGCUUUGUAACUGCUGGAUGUGUAAAUGGCCAAGUGCCACCUCUGUUGGCUAACUAAGCACCUUUCAGCAGCAGCAUAUUGCAGGCAAAGAGCAUCUAGAGAAAUAGGCUGGCAGUGGGAAAGGUUUGCUGCAGAAAUGUGGAGAUGAGAUGAGAGAGGCCUGGGAGAUUUUUGCUCUUCUCCAGUAACUAUUUACUUUGCAGUCCAUGCCUGUGACAUCAGAACCUAGACUAUAUAAAUGAAUGGAGGUUGGUAGCUUUAAUAAAUACAUGUACACUUCUCCAGAGGAGGAGAAGAAGGGAGGGAGCGUGGACAAAGGGAGGAACACAGAAGCAGAGGUGAGGAAGAUGGACAGAAGAGACACCCGGCUGGUUUGCUCUUUGCUGUUGUGUAUCAUCACUCAGGCGGGGUGCCAACAGUGUACUGGGCCAUGUCGGUGCACACCCAGCCUGCCACGCUGCCCUGUUGGUGUUCCUGUGAUGUUAGACAGCUGCGGAUGCUGCCAGGUGUGUGCUAGGCAGGAGGGUGAGGCCUGCACCGACCGGCUGCCCUGUGACAGCCACCGAGGGCUCCAGUGCGACUACAGCGCCAGCUUCCCUGGAGGGCCGGGACGGUGUGUCGGUCAGAACGAGCUGGGCUGCGAGAUAAACGGCCGGAGGCUGGAGGAGGGGCAGGUAUUUCAACCUUCCUGUGCCCAGCUCUGCCACUGCCUGGGGGGAGGGGUGACCUGCGUGCCCAUGUGCAGCGAAGAUCUGCACAGGCCCACUGAGAAGUGCCCCAGCCCCCAGCUGGUACGACUACCAGGGCGCUGCUGCAAAGAGUGGGUGUGUGAUGGCCUGGACAACAGCAUUUCUUCAAAUCCCUCAGCAGCAGAGCACACGCCUCAGGACUACGAGGGUGGGCUGUCCAGCCCGUUGCUUGGCUCAACCUCCAACUGCAUCGUGUGGACCUCCGACUGGAGCCCCUGCUCCCACAGCUGUAACCCAGGUGUCUCCACCCGCACUACAAACCGGAACUGGGCUUGUCGGCUGCAGACUGAGACCAGACUGUGCCAGAUCAGACCGUGCCAGACUCUGCAGUUGGGGCUCCCAAGACUGCAGCCGGGUUCGGGGGUGUGCGAGAGCAGCUACACUUCACCUGUGUCCAUUCAGCUGGAACAGCAGGGCUGCCGGAGCACCCGAGCCUACCGUCCCAGGUUCUGUGCCUUGACCUGUCCGGAGGGACGCUGCUGCAGCCCCUCACACACCAGGACAGUGUGGAUGCUUUUCCGUUGCCCCCAGGGCAGGCUAAGCCAGCAGCAGGUGAUGAAGAUUGAGUCCUGCUCCUGCAGCAUCUCCAACUGCCGCCCAUCCCCGGCCACAGCUGCCCGGAGUGUCCUUCCAUGGCUGUGAGCAUGCAUGGGAAGGUCCCAUCUGAGGAAAGUGACCAAACAUGUACACAUGAUAGUUGAGCCGGUGUUUAAAAAUUAUGGAAAUAUUACAAUCAGGAUGGGAUACUUAAAAUUGGCAAAUAGCUGAGUAGAGCAUCCAGCAAAAUGGGCACUCACAUUCAAAAGGAUGUACUAAGAUGUAUGCAUUAAUGUGUCACCAGAGUUACAACAAGCUAAAGAAAACCUUGUUCACAUUUGACCACAUUUUAUCCACUCUUUGGCAAACUCAGAUAUGUACUGAGAUUAAAAACAUGUCCACCCUUGCACUAGGGACACACGCUUGAGUGCCAGUCAAAUUCUGAGGAAAACAUGGCCUUAGUGAUGCAGUAAUACCACCCACAAGUUCAUUUUGAAGCCUGCCCUUUGAGUUUAGUCAGACAUACACACGGCACAGUGAAUCCUUAAUUAAGCUUAACUAUGUCUGUGGCUGGCUACCUUAGUGGUUACCUUACCUAUAGGCUGAUUUAUUUUUGCAGAUAAUAUGUUUGAUUAAUGUUAAUGUAUAUUUUCACACAUAUCCUUUAUUUUUUUUUCAAAAAAUUCUCUGUUAGAAAUCAUCAUUGGCUACACAGAGAGGAGUUCUGUCAGCUCUCAUUGCUCUUUCCUCACUGAACAGAUGUGUAUUUCAGUUAACUGAAAGUGAAAUAAAAGAACUGAAUCUGUUGUGAGACCUCAAUGUGGAAGUAUAGUAUAGUUACAUUUUCAGUGAGAAUCAAAUAGCCUGCAGUUUCAGACAAACUGAAUACAAGUUCAUAAUAUUAAAUCCAGUUUGAAGUUUCACUUCCAAACUAUUAAAUUCAAUUUCAAGUUAUGCUAUUCAGAUUCAGUUUUUCAAUGCAAUUAUUCAAAUUCAAUUAUUCAGAUGCCAUGUAUAGUGGCACAUAUUUCUGCCCAUAACAUUAGCUUUAUAACGUCUCCUCAUCUACAAGCAUGUACACAUACAAACAUGCUCUGGAUUGUCUCCUUAUCACAGAGCCAACAUCUGCACCUUUGAUUUGAGAUAUCAAAUCAAAUAUCAAAAGGUUGGACAAAAUAUGCAGAUAGCUGCACACUGAUUUGGGAGUUUGAGAAGAGUUAUAUAAAACUGGGCCCACCUAUUACUUACAAUAUGCAUAGUAUAAAUCAUACAAAUUCACAUAGUGGACUUUUAAAAAUCUUGGUAUGUAUUCAUUUGCAAACGUCAGGAUGUGUUUCUUUCAAAUAAGAUCCGAUUUGAUUUACUUAAAAAGCUGUGGUAAAUAAAAGAACUGUUGUUUGUUUAAUCAAGUGCAAGUUGUUGAACUGAGGAAUACAUGUUUCAUUAAAGUGAUUUGAUUCUUGGUUUAAUAAAUUAAUAUCUUAGUAGAAUGGAAUUUGGUUGGGCCUACCUGAUUUCAAUGUUGGUAAUCGACUCUGUAGUGCAAAGUUAUAAAUGCUUCAACCUGCAGGACUAGUGAUAAAUCCGUGAUCAACAGUUAGCUGUUAUGACAGUAUGCAUGAUGUAAGUUAUUUCACUGGAAUAAAUCCUUUGAUUUGUUCUUGUAAAA